CGCUUCGAGCUUUCAACUGCUGCUGCAACUACGGCUGCAACUGCUGUAAAGUGCAAAUGAUUUUCACCCCGGCCACACCUCCUGGUCAGCCUUUUGGACACCCCUCUGACACGGCUGUCGUUUCGUUACGUUUCUAAUCAAAUUAAUUUCGGCAGCAACUCAUGACCACGUGUCCGGUCAGGAUGGCAUUUGGCUACCUCUUACUCUGUCUGCGGCUGUGGCUGUUCCUACAGAUUGCGCAUACGCAGCGUGUGAUGGCGACAUACAUUGAAUCGUAUAAUGAUUAUGGCCACAAUCAUGAUGAGGAAAGGCUCCACUACUCCCAUCAAUAUCACAUUUCCGAUCCGAAGAGUCAAGUGCACAUCCUCCAUCGAGAACAGCGUCAUGGAGAUCACGUCCUUGGGACCUACAGCCACCUGGAGCCUGGGGGACACAUACGCAGCGUUCAUUAUGAAGUACGCGGACCCCACCAGGGCUUUAGGGCUGUCAUUCAGCAGCGAACGGCCCACAGCCGAGUACAUCAGUCCCUGGAGUUCCGGCGCAAGCAGCCGUCUCGCCCCCUGGCCCUGGCGGAGCCUGUGGCAUUUGUGGUUUAGUGGCAGGUGCCCGAGGCCUAAAACCGGACCACAAAAGCGGUCCCUGGCCCAUCCGUUAAUUACAAAAUGUUUAAUUGUCUUCCAAUGAUUUCGCUGAAAUUUUAAGUGAAUUUCGAACUUGAAAUUUAAAUUGAUUUCGGGAGGAGUACACCAA